CCGCACUGCUCCUUCCACCCAUCGCGCAACAAAGUCAUUCGAGGAAACAACUACCAAAACACCCAAGAUGAAUCUCUUGAAUCUCCUGCUGGCGUGCAUCUUCGCGCUGUGCGUCAUUGCCGCACCCACAGACUUCAAGCUACACUCUGCGCUCGCCAUUCCCGUCCCCGGCUCUGCAACCUACGACGCCGACCUCGCUGCUGCCCUCGCCUACGUCCGUUCCCACAAUUCUUCCUCCGUCCAGACGUCCGCCGCCGAUCCCCCAAUUACUAGAUUAUGCGGCUUCUACAAUAGUAUUCCAGACUCCGACCCCCUCUACAAGGAGAUGCGCACAGAUGGGUCGUUCAACUACCGCAGCUUCGAGCUGGAUCCGGGCUCCACUAUCAAGAGCGUCCUCAACCGCCACUGCGGAUUCUGCAUGUACUUUGACGAAAAAGGCACUCUUAUCCAGGGCGUAGGACCCGAUCAACAGAAGUGGGUGGCUAUUCCGGGUGGCAGGAGCUACAUCUGCUGGCGUCCGCCGGUACAUGGCUAGCAUAUGCGGUGACUGAAGAUGAUCAGCGUCGAGGGUGUGCAUGUCGAUACCGAAGUUGUCGAUACUGCUUUUGGACGGUGUGGUUAUCAGUCGCACUAACAUGGGUCUUCCUUCUUCUCUUCCACAGAAGUGGAAUGCGG